CGGCCGCGCCCGCCGCAGAGGAGUGCCGGGAGGCGGCUCAGCUGGUGGCGGCCAUGGAGGAGCUGCGGCGCGCAGGGUGGUACUGGGGCAACAUGAGCGUUGCCGAAGCCAAGGAGAGGUUGCAGGAUGCCCCCGAAGGGACUUUUUUGGUUAGGGACAGUUCGCAUUCCGAGUAUCUGCUGACCAUCUCGGUCAAAACCUCGGCGGGACCGACCAACCUGCGCAUCGAGUACCAGGACGGCAAGUUCAGGCUGGACUCCAUCACCUGCGUCAGAUCGAGGCUCAAGCAGUUCAACAGCGUCGUGCACUUGAUCGAGUACUACGUUCUGAUGUGCAAGGACAGAACCGAAACGCCUUCGAAUGGGACGGUCCACCUCUACUUGAACAAACCCCUGUACACGUCAGCCCCGUCUCUGCAACACCGCUGCAGAAUAACUAUAAACAAAUGUACGAACCAGAUCUGGGAGCUGCCGUUGCCAACAAGGCUAAAAGAGUACUUGAAAGAGUACCGGUACCAGGUAUAAAUGUCUUUUCUAAAUGCCUCUAAUGUAGAGUAACUUUUAAAUGCAAUUCUUAAAAUCAGCCAAAGAACUGAGUAACCAGUUGUACAACUCAGCGUGGAAUUCACUAUCAAAACAGUGGCAGUUCUGGGGAAAAGGUUUUUAUUUCAGAUGCCACAAAGGGAGACUUUAUGUAGAAUUAUCCCCGCUUGCAUCCAUGGGGUUGGACAAGGUGACACGCUGUCCCUGCAGGGGGAGCAGAGCCAGGAGGCUGUCUGCAUGGCAUUGCUUUGUCAGUGGGUAAAGUAGUACCGUGUAAGGACAAAACGCUGACUGAGCAGGAUGGGGAGAGGCUGCGGAGUGUCAGAGAUGUGCAGGAGUGCAUGAGGAGCUCAGCUGUCUAAUUCUGAGAUUCAUGUGGUGCCGGUGUUCGUACAAUCCUGAAAGUUUAAUUGGAUCACACUGUGAUAAUCUUGCCAAAGUUAUGCAACUAAUCAAAUCCAGUCAAAAGAGUGAUCAUCUAUUCAGUUUUUAUUGAACUCUGAUUUUUGUGCUUUUCUGCAAGGAAAGGUGUACUGUAAGCAGUUUCAAACCUUGUUUUUCAAAGUUCUCUAAAAGUUGAUGUUAAGGAACAAAUGCCACAUCUUUCAGAGGAACCCAGUAUGUUGCUGAUUAUACCAGAUUGGUAUCCCAGAGUCUUUGUUAACAUGUUAACAUCUUCCCGGUGGUGAAUAUAUCCAUGUUGUUACUAUUAAGCCUCUUUUGGUUGAGGCUUUAGGACUCCACGCUGCAGAGCUGCAGCCGCUCAGUUCCAAUGUCAGAACAUGGAUAUCAGCAGAUACAGCUGUCUUCUACAGUGUAGAAUGUUUUCUUCAGCUUGUUUCCCAAAAUAUGGGGAUAUUUGGGGAUUUUUUUUUUUUUUUUGAGGGGAAUGGUUUUUGUGGUUUUGUUUUGUUUUGUUUUUCUUCUAAUUCACGAAUGUAGCUCUCAGACUAUUACUCAAUAAAAUCAAUCAGAUUGCA